CCUCCGCCCCGCACGGCGCGGAGUCCCGCGGCUCCCUGGCCCUGGCUGCUGACGCCGGCUCGGGGUUCGCUCCCGCUUGUCCCCGGUCCGUCAGCCGGGGCUGCCCCUGCCUGUCCCUGUCCCCGCUGCCGGCCGCCCGGCCCGGGACCCGCCACGUCCCGUUCCUGAGCAGAGCAGCCGGCUGGGGACGGGCCGGGGCUGAGCCCCGCGCCCGCGUGUAGAGAUGAAUAACCCUGAAGCGCGGCCGGCGUACCGAGGGUUCCGCUGGCAAAGCGCCGGUCGCUCGUCCGUCGCAGUGGCCGCAGGUGCCAGUGAAAGCGUGGGGAAGCACAUGCUGGAAGCAUGCAACAAUAAUCUGGAGAUGGCUGUCACCAUGUUUCUGGAUGGUGGAGGCAUAGCAGAGGAGCCCAGCACCAGCUCUGCAGGGGUGUCUGCCGUCCGGCCGCACACUGAGGAUGAAGUUCGAGCUCCAAUCCCUCAGAAACAGGAGAUUUUAGUAGAGCCCGAGCCCUUGUUUGGAGCUCCCAAACGCCGCAGACCUGCGCGCUCCAUAUUCGACGGCUUUCGGGAUUUCCAGACAGAAACCAUUCGACAGGAGCAGGAGCUACGCAAUGGUGGGGCAGUGGAUAAGAAACUGACGACUCUGGCAGACCUCUUCAGGCCUCCCAUCGAUCUGAUGCACAAGGGCAGCUUUGAAACGGCCAAGGAGUGUGGUCAGAUGCAAAACAAAUGGCUCAUGAUAAACAUUCAGAAUGUACAAGAUUUUGCCUGCCAGUGUCUCAACCGUGACGUCUGGAGCAACGAGGCUGUGAAGAACAUCAUCCGGGAGCAUUUCAUCUUCUGGCAGGUGUACCAUGACAGUGAGGAAGGACAGAGGUACAUACAGUUUUAUAAACUGGCAGACUUCCCUUAUGUCUCCAUCCUGGAUCCCAGGACAGGCCAGAAACUGGUGGAGUGGCACCAGCUAGAUGUCACUUCUUUCUUGGACCAAGUAACUGGGUUCCUGAGCGAGCAUGGACAGCUGGAUGGCCAUUCUACCAGCCCUCCCCAGAAGUGUUCUCGUUCAGAGAGCCUCAUUGACGCCAGUGAGGACAGCCAGCUGGAAGCUGCUAUCAAGGCCUCUCUGCAGGAGACGCACUUCGACUCCUCGCAGGCCCAGCCGGAGAGUCGCUCCGACGAGGAGUCCGAGUCAGAGCUGUUCUCGGGCAGCGAGGAGUUCAUUUCGGUGUGUGGCUCUGAGGAGGAGGAGGAGCCAGAGAAUCCUGCCAAGCUGAGGAAGUCUCCACACAAGGACUUGGGGUAUAAAAAGGAGGAGAGCCGGCGAGCUCAGGCUGAGCCCUGUGCAAGGACUGAGCCCGGGCCGGCAGCCAACCACAGGCUGCUGCCCUGCGCCGAGGAGCCCGGCGACAGGCCCGAGAGCACGUGUCAGGGCCUGGAUGUGAACGGACCAAAGGCACAGCUGAUGCUGAGGUAUCCAGACGGAAAGAGGGAACAAGUUUCACUGCCCGAACAAGCUAAACUCCUGGCCCUCGUGAAACACGUCCAGGCGAAAGGAUACCCCAACGAACGCUUCGAGCUUCUCACCAACUUCCCUCGGAGGAAACUCUCCCACCUGGACUAUGAGAUCACGUUACAGGAGGCAGGCCUGUGUCCUCAAGAGACAGUCUUUGUGCAGGAAAGGAAUUAGCACCACGGCCUGAGUUCUCCCAGCCUCCCUCCCCUCCCCUCUUUGCCUGGGACACCAACCCGUUCGAUAUGCAGUUAAGGGUCGUACAAUUGCAGCGUUGGCAUCGGGCGGGCAGCUGGCUGACCCUUCUCUCCCUUCUUCCCUCCUCCUGCUCUAGUGACCAAAUGAGAGUGUUGAGAGUUUUAUUUUCUUGCUCAGCUUGGGCCCUGCAGAGAGCAUUGGAAAGAGCAUCUUUCCUUUGUUUCCCUGGAAUAAAGUGCAAGGGUGGUCUGCGUGUGCAGCAUGCUGGGGCCUGGAGUGGCCACGACACCCCCUCUCGCUGCUGUCCUCAAACCUGCCUGCUUAAGUUAUUUUUGUACAAUGGUGUGGUGAUGGGGCACUGAGUCAUCUCUCUGUAAGGAGAGUGUGUCGUCCUCAGUACAGGCUUUGUUUUGAGCCUCUCCAGGAAAGGUCUCCAUUAACCUUACAGCCUUCCCAGGGGUUCCCUUACCCCACGCUCUUCAGAAACGUGGGCUUUGGGAAGGAGCCGAGUCAAGCUGUGCCAGAUACUCUGCCCCCAUCUAAACUGCAUGUGUGUUUUCCUCCUGCUUUCAGUGGUGCCAGGGGACAUGGGAAAACGAGCAGGCACCCAGCCACAUCCCCUGCGUGGCACUGAGUGCUUGGCCCAGGGGGACAGCCUCGUGUCCACUGUUGGAGCAGAACUUGGUAGACGUAGGUUGGGUUUCCAUCUCUUGCCUCCCCAACAUCCCCAAAGUCUCUCCUUUUUACUUGCUCUCAGGAUUUUGCAGGUGAUGACAGAAAGUGGCAGGAUGCUGUGAGGAUCUUGGGCUCUCUGGAGAGCAGCAGUUGUAACAACGUGGCGGUGAGGUGGCUUUUGUGCCUGUGUGGGGCUUGGUUUGCCUCCCCAGCAGUGACAGCGCCUGGAGCAGGGUGUGCAGAGUGCCCUGUUUGCCCAGCAUCUCCUCCAGCCCUCAAGCUGUCCAUCAGCUGCUGUCACAGUGGGUGUGAUGGGGAGGGAAGCCCACCAACCCUCGAGGUGGAGGUUGAGUUUGUGUGUUCACAGCUGAGAACUGAGGUUGCUGUGCUCCUCAUUGGUGAGGAGGGAGACACACGGGACCUUCCGUAGCUGCUACCAACUUCUGCAGCCCUCAGAUGAUUGCACUUGUUAAAGAAAAAGACUUCAGUGGUCAGAAAUGUACCAUAGACUAAAACUUUUCAAGAUACUGUGCCUUUAACUUCAUAUUAGCCAGCAUGCUUUGGAGCCUUUCAGUGCAGGAAGUCACAGAACAUGUCUGGGGUUCCCCAGGACGACGUCAGCUCACAACUGUCUUUGCUCACAGGUGAGGUUUUACCUGUAGUCAUACAGCUGUGUAAGUUAAUUUCCCUCCUGCACAGAGCCUGGUUUGCAUUCUGCUGCAGGGUGCAGCACAAGGAAAGCAAACUCAGGUCAAAGGCUGAUGUGACAUCACGUGUCACUUUUGGUUUGGGCAGAGGUCCUGUUGGAAGCAAAGUGCUGGGCCAGCAGAGGAGAGUGUUGGUGUUUGACUCCUGAGGCAGCAGCUCCCUGCUGAAGGAUCCAUCAUCGUUGUGGGAUAUCCACAUUCCUACCUUUGGCAGAAGGAAACCCUUUCUGUGUAGGUCUGAUGCUUCCCCAAGUGGCUUCAGCUCUCUGGUUGGAACAACUUGCUCUGAUGCUUGUUGCCUUGAAACCUGUUCCCUGUCCAGUGUUAACUGUGGGGAAGCGAGGGCAGGCUGCGAGGGGCCAGGGGGAGAUGGUGCUUUUUCAAUCCCAGGGCAGUUUUAUUGGCAGCUUCUCUUCUUCCCCUCCCUGGCUGCACUUGGGGCUCCAGGCUGAGGCAGGCUGAAGCAAUGGGGUAUAGAAGCACUCACAGCAGCCUCGGCAGCGGGAGGAGGGGAAGCUGCGUCGCUCCUCUGCCCUGCUGUGAGGAGAGGAGCAACCCCUCACCCAGCCAUCAGAGCUCAGUCUGGGAGCCCUUGGGCAGCUCCUUGGUGCUUGGUUGUGUUGGGAGCAGCUCAGGCACUUGUCAUGAGGAAGCAAACGUGGCCCUGGGCCACUAUGAGCUCAAAGAAAUGAGCCUGUUCCUUUGGUUCCAUCACGACGUGUUUGUCCUUUCAGUGUUCUGUCACUUUGGUUUGUGAGCAGGAGGCAGAGGGAAGGAACAGCUAAGGAAUACGAGUCCCUGCACGUGGCUCUUCUCCCUCUUGGUUCUUCUUAGUCUUUCUCCCUUCUUCCCCACACAAACAAAGCCAGUGCUGUGGCACACACAGCAGUCAGUCAGCUGGGCUGUAGUGGCUGAGAGGUGCUCAGAAGCAGCACCAACCAGGGCCCAACCUGCUCAGAUCUUCGUUCCUGGUGAAGCCCUUUGGAGGAACGUGGCUGAAAACAUGACCCAGGCUCUGACUGCAAAGAGCCUUUGUCACAGUCGCUUCUAGAUCCUCAGCCUGAAGUUCAAAUUGCUUUUGCCAAGGUUGGACAAAACACCUGGGAUCUGAUUGCAAAGGGAGGUGUUCAAAUAGGGAAGACGAAGGAAAAAAACCCUUCAGAGGCUGUGGCUGGUGCUUCCUUUGGCUCUGGGUUGGCUGUGGUCUGUGUGUGGCGGUGCAGGGGCUGCCCUGAGCUGGGGGGGGCAGCUGUGUGUGCAGGCAGUGGGGUUGUUCUGGGUACAGGACUCGACACCGAGCGUGUUUCAGGCUUCUUGCUGCCUGAGGAGCAGUUUCCUUUGCCCCUGCUCUUCCUCUGACAGCACUUGGUUUUGACACCUAAUGUCUCAUUGCAGCUGGUAAGGCACAGUGCAAAAUGAGCCCUGCCCUUCCCUGCCAGGUCCUGUUGGCACGUUUCCCGUUGGCUUCUCUCUGGUGACCCCUCAGAGGCCCACAGAAGGAUUUCAGGUCUCCCUAAGCCGAGCUGACUGACCAACAAGGGCAAGUGAAGGCUGUGCCAAACGUUUCUGAGCCCACUUGGGCCGUUUCCCUCCGGCUUUGAAGUCAGGCCUGUGAUUCUGACGCCGGUGCUGCUCGUGGGCUCCUUCCCAACUGCCAACAGGGUGUGUGAGUGCAGUCGCCUUGUCAGCUGCUAGUUGUCCAUCCCAAGGCACCCAAAGGUGGCUUUGCUGCUGAGUAGGUUUGCCCAGCAGUUCUGCAGGGCUGUGCUUUGCAGGACUGGCCAGGGCUGCUGCCUGGCUGGGGGCAGGAGGGGAGCAGCACCUCACGUGCCGCCGCCUUCCUCGCGCUCCGCUGCAGCGGUGGACUGGGGUUCUGGAGGGAUUUAUCCCCUCACCUGCAGCGCCUCACAGCUGCCACUUCCACUGGUGCUGUGGUUUCUGCCUCACAGGGGCUGGCAGCGAGGGGUUUAAUGGGUAACCCUGGCUGCUGAAGGGCCCGGCCUCUCCGGUCUCUGUGCUCGCCGCAGCGCGUCGCAGGGAGCGGGGAGCAGCAGGGGCUCAGCUCACAGCAGGUUCCUCCUGGGGGCCAGGCAUCGCCUGGGCUGGGGCUUUGUCAGGUACCAGGCACUGCAGAGAUGCAUCAAAUGUGCUGGUUGUGAGGUUUUACUCCUAAACCAUGUGAAGAAACAGGUCUGAGGUGUGUGUGGAAGUGUCCGUGUGAGCGGGACCGUGUGUCACUUCAGGAACUCAUCACUCGCUUUCUGUCCCUUCUUGGUUUGGUAAAUGACAUUUCCUCCUGUUCAGUCCCUUUUUCAGCCGGGUCAGUAACAGAAUAGGCAGUCCUGUCUGUCCAUGGGGGCAGAGGUGGCAGAGAUGUGCUUUGGGAGGUGAGGUCUCAGUGCCCUGAAGCCCGGGUGUGCUGUCAUCAGCCGUUUCACAGCUCCAGGUGCAGCCUCUCCUCUCAUUUACCUUUAUUUAUUUGAGCAGGAAUCCUUUUCCUGUCGAUGGGACAGCCUCUGUUUUAAAGGCAAAACACCAGUGCUGCUCCGAGCCCCGCGCUGCCAUGGCUGGAGUCCAGCCACUCGCUGGGGAGGUCGGUUGGCCGACGUUCUGCCUGGCCCAGGCUCUCCCUGGUGACCCCCACGAGGUUAAUGGACACCUUCCUGUGAGCAGGGGGGACUUUGAUCCUGUGGGAUGCUCUCAGUGUCUGUCCCCUCCCAGUGAACAGAGCCAUAUGUCCGUACCUUCUGCACACAGGCUGCUGGGGCAGCCCUGGCCCCCUGCCCGGCUCCCCCAGGGCUCAGCCCCCAGGGACCGUGUGCCUGGGCUGCAGAGAAGCUGCUCCUCUGCAACUGCUCCUUAAAUGCUGCUGGGACCUCGGGGCUGGGAGGGUCCCAGGGUCUGGAUGGUGGAGCAGGGAGAGGAGGUGCUAUUUGUAGAGCUCCAUGGAGGCCACCCGAGGAGAGCUGAGCUGGGAGAGGCGCUGGGUGCCUCAGCAGAGGCAACGUGAGUGUUGCAGGUGGGAUUGUUUCCCUCUGACUGGUGACCUCUGAGUCUCCAAACAUUGACUCUGCUGGUUCUUGUCACUUCUCUUCUUCGAGGGUGGCAGCUCCGUGUGGGAGCGGGGAGAGGCUCAGCUGGGAAGGUUGCAGCUCCCUGUGCUGGGAGGGACCAAACUCAAGGAAACCUCUGAUCUAUACACACAACUGCUGCAUUUUUUAUAAAUAUAUGUAAAUGUCCUAUUGUAAUAUUUGAUCCUGGAAAUAAAACCAAACUGUUUUCAGUA